CUGGAGUAUUCUUGAGUGAACCUGCGCCGCGUUAACAACGAUCAUACGGAUGGAUUAAGCGGGCAUUUCCGAAAUACACACGCACACAUACAAUAUACUAAACAAGAAAAUAAAAAACACUGACAUUUUUUUCAUAUUUAUUCUAUCCAUUGAUACUCGGUUGUGAACUUUUCAAAUAAAAAAUUAUAUAUUUUUUUUAAUUUUUAUUACAAAUACCAGUACAUAACAUACACAUACAUCUGCAACAUGUAUUGAUUUGUGAAUACACAGAUACAUGGAAUACAGUGAUUUAGUGAGAGUGUAUGAGGUAAAACGUCUUUUGGUAUGUGAAUUGGUGACGAGACGAUGUGAUGUGAUUAACAAAGUGAAAAGUGCAAAUUUAAAUAUUUUUUUGUUUUUUAUUUUCUGUCUUCUUUAUUUAACUUAUAAAUAAAAAAGUUUUGAAGAGAAAUCGUUAAACUUCCACUAAAAAAGAUUUUUAAUUUUAUUAAGAAAUAAAAAAAAAGAAAUUCCAUAAUUUUUUAAAACGAAAUUUCUAAAAAAACAGCAAACAAAAACAACAUCAUUUACGACUUACACAAUACGUGCAUAUAAAAUUAUAAAAAAUUCCUUUACGCCAUUUGGAUUUUGCAAUUUGUUUAAGUUUUUAAUAAAAAAAUCAAAUACUUGUGAAAUAUAUUUUUUAAAAAAUUCUAAAGAAAUUAAGUAAAACUUGUGCAUAAAAAACGAAAAAGGAAAGAAAAUAAUAAUUCCAAAGAAUAAAGAGUUUCUAAAUUCUGUUCUCUAAGAAACCUAGAAAUUCUACUACGUUUAAAACCUGAAAUUCAACCUUUUUGCCAACAACAAAAUAUAAAAUAAAUACGAAAAACAGAAAAAAUAAACAACAAAUCAAGACAACUGGAUCGCAACACAAAAGAACUAGCAAAAUCCAAGUAAAGAGAUAGACCUGAAAAGAAAAGACAUAAUCGUAUAUACGUACUACGAUCGGUCGUUCGUUAUUAUUGUUCAAUUGUCGUUUUGCCGCUUUGUCGUCGUGUCGGUUUGACGUGAUUGUUUAGUUUCUAUGUUUUACGGUCUUGUCACAUUUUAAGCCAACGAUUCGUUUUAAACAUUCAUCGUCUUCAUUUCUUCAAGCUGUUCUUGUUCUGUUUUCCUUACAUUUUGUUGUUACGUCUUCUCCUUUCAUUCUUCUACAUCGUUUCAUUUGUUGCUUGGCUAAUACUGAAUUCUUCAUUGUUGUUGUGCAGAAUACCAACACCAGCAAAAAUACUUUGAAAACGUGUUCUCAAGGAAGUAAAUUAUUUGCUUCCACAGAAUUGCCAAGUCUUGCUCUUCGUCUCUUUAUUUCCCCAUCGAAACGACUGUAAUUAAGAAAAUGGGUGAUUCCACACCUAUAUGUCGUUGCCGUGUAUUGUAUCUGGGUAGUGCAGUGCCGCGUCAAAGCAAAGAUGGCCUCCAAGGCAUACAAGAACCAUUGCGUAGUCUUUAUCCCUCAGAAGGUGCAGUUGGCGCCAAAGGUAUAGAUUCCUGGUUGAGUGUUUGGUCGAAUGGUAUUCUUCUGGAAAAUGUUGAUGAAAAUCUCAAGGAAAUUACCAGAUUUUUUCCUAUUGAAUCGCUGCAUUACUGUGCAGCCGUAAGACAAGUGCUUAUACCAGAGCGUGGCAACUCUAAUCCAGAGCCCAAAUUUCUGCCUCUUGAUUCACCAUUUGCACGAAUGCCGCGAGCUCAACAUCCACCCAUUUUUGCAGCCAUUCUACGUCGUACUACUGGCAUCAAAGUACUCGAAUGUCACGUGUUUAUUUGCAAACGUGAGGCCGCUGCAAAUGCUCUAGUCAGAUGCUGUUUUCAUGCCUAUGCCGACAAUUCAUACGCCCGCCAAUUGGAGACGGGCAGUACGGGCGGCGGUGCUGGCAGCAGUGUAUAUGGUACACUGAAAAGUAACAUGGCCAGCAAAUCGAAUGGUGAUCUAACCAGUGUUGGUCUCUCUAACGGCAAUAAUCAUCAUCAUCACUUUCAACAGCAGCAUUUAUCACCAUCGUCGGCUAGUCAUGCCGGUUGGCGUUCACGUGCUGGCAGCAUCACAACGCUCAACAGUGUGGGACGUCAAUCCAACGGUCAUCUAAUGAAUGGUGGUGGGGGUGACAAUACCAGCAGUGCAGCUGAAGGAUAUACAUCGGUUAAAAAUUUUUAUGACAGCAGUGCAGAUCUUAAUGUCGCUGUCGAUGAUGGUGAUGCUUCAUUGUAUAACGGCGAUGCGAAUCAUAAAGUGUGGAGCGGUUCACAAGAUCAAUUAGAUAGCAUUGUAAUGGAAAGUCCCUAUGACAUGUACUCAGGCAAUACAUCGACAUUAGGUCGUCCAGCACGUUUACGACAAAUUAGUCAACCAAUCGAUGUCCCACCACCACCCAUGAAAGAAGAGAGCAAAAAGAAGAAAGAUAAAAAAUCAUCCAAAUCCUCAAGUAGUCAAAGUCUAUCGGGUACACUAAUACGCCCAAAACCAAUACACCCGGCCACUUUACAACGUCAUGGCAUACCAAUGGGACCAGGACCGGGAAGUAUGAUAUAUGGAGCUCUGCCCGGACCUCCACCACAACAACCACCUAUGGGUAGAAACUACCAUACGAUAAGUCAUCGAGGAUUUCCACCAGGUCCUCCAUUACCACCGCAUCAUCAUCCAGGCAUGCCACCGCAAAUGCAUCCACAGAUGAUGCAUGGACCACCACCACAUCACAUGGGUGUACCAAUGCAGUUGCCCGUUAUGAUGCCACAACAAUACGCCACCCUGCAACCUUCAACUUCGACGAAAAAGAAGAAGAAAGAUAAGAAAAGCACAGGCAUUCCGGUAGGUAUGCCAAUUGUACCACCGAUCUAUGCUUACCAUCAUGCACAGGCUAUGGGUGGCCCUGCACCCCCACCACCACAAAGUGUCAUGGCUCAAUCGAUGAUUGGGGAGCCAAGACCUCUAGCAAUGUCAAGUCGAAAAUUAGCCGCCUCCAUGGGUAAUGGUCUUGACGAUUCAGGCAACUCUGGUGCAGAGUCGCCUGGUGGUACCGGCAUCUAUAGGCGAAAAGGUCAUUUAAAUGAACGCGCAUUUAGCUAUUCCAUACGUCAGGAACAUCGCAGUCGCAGCCAUGGUUCCCUUGCUAGUCUACAAUUUAAUCCUCCCGAUAUGAAGAAAGAACGUGAAAUCGCUCAAAUGGUAGCCGGCCUUGAUCUAAACGAUGGACCCGAAGAUCCACGAUCUAUGGGACCGGCCACACUACAGCGUAAACAAGCAGCCAUGAUGAAUGGUAAUGGCGCCAUCUAUGGCAACGGUGGAGGACAGGCCAUAUAUGGGAAUGGACCGUCAAGUAGUUUUGGCAAACCCAGAAGAUAAAAUGAACCGGCCAUAAAUUUGGCAAUUAGUGUUGUAUGAAGGAGAAAAUCAAAUCGAAUCAAUUUGAAUUUGAUUGAGAAUAUUUUGAUUUUGUUCACAUUUUAUUGUUAUCUAGGUUUAUCUAUAAAAACAUUAUCUAACACACUCACAGACAUUUUUAGAUUUGAUAUUAUUUUAAAUUGGUUAUUAGCACAAACACUCAUACAUUCAGAUGAUUGCAGAGAGACAGCCAUGCAGACAGACAUUGAAAUUAUUUAAUUUUGCUGAACUUUCAAACCACAUACCAAGAUAAUUGAACUUGAUCGCAAAACAUAAACAAUUAAAUCGACAUCAAAUUUAAACAAAUAUUUCAAUUACAAAUAUAAUUGACUAUCUACUGUCUGUCUGAUGAUCUGUGUGCGGCUGUUUGUGUGUGGUGGCUGUGUUUAUGACAGAGAGUGUAUGUGGAUGUUAACAUAUUUAGCGAUGCUGGUCAAUAGAAUUGCUUAUUAUAUCUUUCUUUUUCAUUUAUUUUUUUUUUUCAAAUUAAAAUAAUAUAUUUGUAUGUAUUUAAUAAUAUUUUUUCUUUAUUUUCCAAUACAAUUUGAAACUAAUAAGUAAUUAAGUUAUAUUAUAAAUACAAGUCGUAUUUCUUCUAUUGUUUUAAAUAAAUAAUUUAAUAUAGUUCGAAGUAAUUUUAUCAAAUCUCUAUUAUUAAUACGACCAAUAAUGCAUAUAUAUUUCCAAUAAUAUAUGUAUAUAAGUGCGCGUAAGAAACUUUAUUUGAAUUAUAAUUGAUAAAAAAAUUAAAAAAAAAAUAAAACAAUUUUAAUCAUAUGUGCCUUAUUAGGUUUAUUUUAAUAUUUGCUCAAUGUAAAAUUUUUCACAAUAACAUAACAUUAUAUUUCUUGACGCAACAUUUUAAAAAAGUACUGUAUAUUAAAAUAGGACGAAUCAAUUGUAUAAUUUUGUUAAAUAUAUACAUGAAUAUCUAAAUACUAUAAAUACAAAAUAAAUACUUACAUACGUAUGUAUGUAUGCAUACAUAUACUUACAAUUAAAGUUUAUUUGUAGUUAUUAAGUAAGUGUGUAUGUUUGUCCAUAUUAGAAUUAUUUAGUUGUAAUUUAUUUAGGAUUUUAUCUAAAUAAUAUAUUAAUAAAAAUACAUACGAACAAAUACAAUAUACAUACAUAUGUAUACACAGAAACAUAUUAUAAAUAUAUUUAUGUAAUAUACACAAAACAAAUAAAUUUAAAAA